CCUCCCCCACAGCCACUCACUCUCUCUCUUCUCCUCUGUUCUGUGGCAGCUGAGUGGAGAAAAUGGAGAAGUUCAGCUGGACGUUCUGUUUGGGGCUCCUUCUGCUGCUGGCUUUCGACCGGACGCUCGGCCAGACGACCAACUACACCAGGCCAGUGUUUCACUGUGGUGGUAAUUUGGAGGGAGACUCAGGCUUCGUGGGCAGUGAGGGUUUUCCUUCCUUCUACAAACCGGACAGCAAAUGCACCUGGUACAUCACAGUCCCUGAAGGUAACGUGGUCAUGCUCUCCUUCAGGAUCUUUGACCUGGAGGCUGACCCUUUGUGCCGAUAUGACUACGUGGAUGUGUAUAACGGUCACUCUAACACGGUGCAGAAGUUGGGGCGUUUCUGCGGGACGUUUCGGCCGGGAGCACUGAUCUCCACCUCCAACACCAUGAUGCUGGAGAUGGUGUCGGACUCCGGCACCGGGGGCAGAGGCUUCCUGGCCUACUUUAACGGAGGGAAACCACAUGUGGAUGAGCAUCAGUUUUGUGGUGGAAAAAUGACAAAACCGCAGGGCUCCAUCAAAACCCCCAACUGGCCGGAGAAGAAUUACCCACCAGGCAUCAGCUGCUCGUGGCUCAUCACUGUGGAUCCAAGCAUGGUUAUUGAAGUGAAGUUUGAUAAGUUUGAUGUUGAGCCGGACACUUACUGCCGCUUCGACUACGUGGCGUUCUUUAAUGGAGGGGAAAAGGACGAUUCACGACGUCUCGGCAAAUACUGUGGAGACGUGGCCCCUGACACCAUCGUGACCAACAGUAACGUCCUCCUGGUCCAGUUUGUGUCUGACCUCAGCGUGACCUUUGAUGGUUUCAUGGCCUCGUACUCCAGCAUCCCGCGCGGCUCUCGGGCCCCCACCGCAGGCUCCAGCCAAUCAGGAGGCCGCAUCCAUUCUGUACCCGCGAAUCGCCGCCCAGCCCAGCCCCGGAAACCCGUCACCACGACAACUACACAGCCUCCAACUACAACCACGACUACCACCACCACUAAAGCUCCACUUAGACGCUUCCCAGUCAAGCCCGUCCGACCUGUCAGACCACCGGUCCACAAACCAGAACCAAGCCAGCGCAGACCGGCCCGUCCAGUGAACCCGCUGUGCCCCAAGGCCUGUAAGAGGGACGGGCCCAUAAAGGCCAGCUUCUGUGCCAGUGAAUUUGUGAUCACAGGCACCGUGACGGCUCUUUCGGCCGGCCCUCAGGGCAGCCUGUACGUCACAGUGUCCAUCAUUAAAACCUACAAGGCCGGCAGACUGACCAUCACUCAGGUUGGAGAGACCAUGUCUGUUAAACUGGUGCUGCCCUGCAAGACCUGUCCACUGCUGCGUAGAGGUCAGAACUUCAUCCUGAUGGGUCAGGUGGAUGAAGAAGGUCGUGGCACUGUGGCUCCAGGAACCUUCAUCGCUCCUUACAAAGCUCCACACCACAAAAUCCUCAACAACCUCAACAACCAGCCGUGCUGAUGAGCCAUCUCAGGCCAAAAACACGCCACCCUGACCGCAGCAGGCCGGAGCUCGGGCCACACGUAAUCCAGCAUAGAGCCCAUAAAAAGAAAUGAACUGUAUUGUUUUGUAUGUUCAGGCAGCAGAUCUCUCUCAGACUGUUUGUGAAACUUGACUGCAAUUUCAUUCGAAUCUGGAGCAGCUGCUCACUCUGCAAACGGGAAUGAUCAACUUGGCAGCAUAUAAAGGGACUAUAUUUCACUUUAUUCAUUUUAUACACACGAAAAAAGAUGUCAUAUUGGUAAUUUAUGAUGAUGUCAUCUAAUAAAGGUUUUAUAUCACACCAAA